UCGCAUUUAUAUGCUUCAAUGAUCCCUUGCUGAGUACUUAUUCAGGCCUUGCUGUUCCAGAGCAAAUCGUAUUUCUUCCAGCUGCACGCCAUGCGCCAAGGCAUCGGAUUAGCAGCGGCCCUACUAGCGUCAACCCUACCUGUAGCGCUGGGUCAACAUGUUCAAGAUCUAAGCAGUGUGCAAUGGACUCUCAGCAGUCGAGCCUUGAAUCGAACAGUUCCUGCUGAAUUCCCAUCGCAGGUUCACCUGGAUCUACUAAGGGCCGGAGUGAUUGAUGAACCAUACCAUGGAUUAAACGAUUUCAAUCUUCGCUGGGUCGCCGCCGCCAACUGGACUUAUACCAGUCAACCCAUCAAGGGCCUCCUGGAUGAUUACGACUCAACUUGGCUGGUAUUCGACGGACUCGACACUUUUGCAACCAUCUCGUUUUGUGGACAGCAGAUUGCGUCCACAGACAAUCAAUUUCGUCAGUAUGCAUUCGAUGUUUCCACAGCUCUAGGGUCCUGCAAAGGAGAUCCUGUUCUGAGCAUCAACUUUGGGAGCGCGCCGAACAUCGUCGAUGCUAUCGCCCAAGAUCCUAAUUCGCAAAAAUGGCCUGAUAAUGUCCAGCUCACUUAUGAAUAUCCAAACCGGUGGUUUAUGCGCAAAGAGCAGUCCGACUUUGGAUGGGAUUGGGGUCCAGCAUUUGCGCCCGCAGGCCCGUGGAAACCUGCAUAUAUCGUUCAGCUAGACAAGGAGCAAAGCGCCUAUGUCUUGAACACAGACUUGGAUAUAUACAGAAAGGGCCAAAUUAACUACCUCCCGCCCGAUCAAAGCCAACCUUGGGUUGUCAACGCUAGCAUCGACAUUCUGGGUCUACUUCCUGCAAAACCGACCAUGUCGAUUGAAGUGCGCGAUGCUUGCUCUGGCACGAUCCUUACUUCACGUACUUUGAACAAUGUCACUGUGGCUGGCAACUCCAUAACCGGUGUCACCGUUCUCGAUGGGAUCACUCCGAAGUUGUGGUGGCCGCAAGGUCUCGGCGAUCAGAACCUCUACAAUGUGUCCAUUACCAUCAAUAGUGGCGCAAACCAGACUCUAGCCAAUGCGACCAAACGGACGGGAUUCCGCACCAUUUUUCUCAACCAGCGCAAUAUUACUGAGGCACAGCGCGCACAAGGAAUUGCUCCUGGAGCAAACUGGCACUUCGAAGUUAACGGCCAUGAGUUCUAUGCAAAGGGAUCGAACCUCAUCCCACCAGACAGUUUCUGGACUCGCGUCACAGAGGAGAAGAUGUCACGGCUGUUUGAUGCUGUCGUAAUAGGAAACCAGAAUAUGCUCCGUGUGUGGUCCUCCGGCGCAUAUCUUCAUGACUACAUCUAUGACCUAGCCGAUGAAAAGGGCAUUCUCUUGUGGAGUGAGUUCGAGUUUAGUGACGCCUUAUAUCCCUCCGACGACGCCUUUCUCGAGAACGUUGCUGCUGAGAUAGUGUACAAUGUUCGACGAGUGAACCACCAUCCCUCCCUAGCUCUAUGGGCGGGCGGGAAUGAAAUUGAAUCUUUGAUGCUCCCACGUGUCAAGGAUGCUGCCCCGUCUUCAUAUUCCUACUAUGUGGGAGAGUACGAAAAGAUGUAUAUCAGUCUCUUCUUACCUCUGGUCUAUGAGAAUACCCGCUCCAUCUCGUACUCCCCUAGCAGCACAACUGAAGGGUACCUCUACAUUGAUCUUUCUGCUCCUGUCCCUAUGGCUGAACGUUACGACAACACUACCUCCGGCUCAUACUACGGCGACACCGACCACUAUGAUUACGACACUAGUAUGGCUUUUGACUAUGGUUCCUAUCCGGUAGGCCGCUUUGCGAACGAAUUUGGCUUCCACAGCAUGCCCAGCCUCCAGACCUGGCAGCAAGCUAUUGACACUGAGGAUCUCUACUUCAACAGCAGUGUGGUAAUGCUCCGCAACCAUCACGAUCCCGCGGGCGGCCUCAUGACAGACAACUACGCGAACUCGGCCACUGGCAUGGGCGAAAUGACCAUGGGCGUGGUAAGCUACUACCCGAUCCCGAGUAAAUCUGACCACAUCUCCAACUUUAGCGCCUGGUGCCACGCCACCCAGCUCUUCCAGGCAGAUAUGUACAAGAGUCAGAUCCAGUUCUACCGUCGAGGAAGUGGCUUGCCUGAGCGUCAGCUUGGCUCCCUGUAUUGGCAGCUCGAAGACAUCUGGCAAGCGCCAUCGUGGGCAGGCAUUGAAUAUGGGGGAAGAUGGAAGGUUCUUCACCACGUUAUGAGAGAUAUCUACCAGCCCGUUAUUGUCUCGCCUUUCUGGAACUAUACUACAGGAUCACUGGAUGUCUAUGUGACUUCCGACCUGUGGAGCCCUGCAGCAGGUACUGUGGACUUGACCUGGUUGGACCUGUCAGGCCGCCCUAUUGAGGGUAAUGCGGGCACGCCGAAAUCAGUGCCCUUUACUGUUGAAGGGCUCAACACCACUCGUGUCUAUGGCACAAACGUUUCUUCUUUGGGCUUGCCGGAUACCAAGGAUGCCGUUCUUCUGCUCUCGCUCUCGGCUCACGGACGUCUUCCGAACUCAGACCAGGCCACCAACUUCACUCAUGAGAAUCACGCUACGCUUUCCUGGCCAAAGGAUUUGAAGAUUGUUGACCCUGGACUUAAGCUGGGAUACAACUCGAAUACGACAACUGUCACGGUGGAAGCUACAUCCGGUGUCUCACUAUACACGUGGCUCGACUACCCGGAGGGUGUGGUGGGAUACUUCGAGGAGAACGCGUUCGUCUUACCACCAGGGGAGAAGAAAGAGAUUGAGUUCAAGGUUCUCGAAGACACGACUAACGGGGCAUGGGCUCGUAACAUCACUGUGCAGAGUCUUUGGGAUCAAAAGGUUCACAGUUGAUUAUCAACAACAUCCACAUAGUCUCAAUACCAAGCUUGUACAUGUCAUCUCACUACUUGUUCUUUUUUCUCAGAUAUCUUCCGAUCCGCAUGAUUGACUGCUUUACUCCCAGGAGGAAAAUACUCCCUCGGCUCACCAAGC